UCUUAAAAACGAAAGAACGAAUUAAUGUGCAAAUUUUUUCAAUAGUGGUUAUAAAAAAGUCCCUUUCCUCAAUUUACGUAUACAUUGCUUAAUAAUUAGUCAUUUAGUGGGCUCUAUACAUUUUUACUUUAUUAAUAAAGCCUACUCGUCUAUAUUAAACAAAAAAACAUUUAGUUUGCAUUUACACAUUCAUACGCACAUAUGUUAAGAUAUUCAUUUUAAAUUAAUGCAGAUGUAUGUAUGCAUACACACAGCAAUUGAAAAGUACUUCAUUUAAAAAUAAAAGUAGCUAAUCUAUUUUAAAAAAGUCCCAUAUUAUCAAAGUUAAAAACAAUUAUUAAAAAAUCAAGAAGAAGACAGAUUAUGUAUCCAUAUAAUCAUAAAAUCAAUUAAAGAUAAUAAAUUUGAGGACAUAAACUAUCAAAUUGACAACACAAGAACCAUGCUCAGACAAGUUAAGCCACAUCAAGUGAUUGUUUAUAUAUUUAAAAAGCAUUUAAAUAAAACAAGAAUUAUUAAAGUUCAACAUUUCUUAAGAAGACAUAUGUCUAUCAAAAAUUAAUUCGUUGAAAAAUUUUCAAAGUUACUUCGUGCAACUUGGGGGUCUAUUCGUGUUAAUACAAUUAUCUUAAAAAUCAUGAAGUUACUGGAGAGUUCACGUUUCGAGGCAAUCAACAACGCACUUUCUAUACAAACAAGCGGUAUCACUAUCUUCGGGCGCAUAGAAAGUUACUCAUGCAAAAUGGUGGCAGCUGAGAAAGUAUUGUAUAAACGAUUCACAGCAGAUACUCAUGGACACGACCUUCAGGCGCUAUCACCACCCCAAACCUUGACUGACUUUUCCCCUAACUUUCGCCGAAACAACAGCCAGUCUGGAGAUGAAGGAAUAACUCUUUGUGAUACCAUCUCCAGAAAGACAUUGUUUUAUCUAAUUGCUACAUUAAACGCGUCGUUCGAGCCGGAUUACGAUUUUUCUGACGCUAAGUCCCAUGAAUUUAGCAAAGAGCCUUCAUUACAAUGGGUUAUGAAUUCAAUUCAUUCAAAUCUAUCCGCAUUAGCGGGAGAUCAAUAUCAAGUUUUACGCCAGCCAUUAUGGUCUGCCGUUGAUGACGAAGUAAAUUUAUCGGAAUGUGACAUAUACAGUUAUAAUCCAGAUCUGAGUAGCGAUCCUUUUGGAGAACCAGGCUGUUUGUGGUCGUUUAAUUAUUUCUUUUACAACAAAAAAUUAAAACGUAUUGUAUUUUUUACAAGUCGAGCAGUAAAUUCCCUUUAUGCUUGUGAAACCUCGGACUUUUCGAUGGAAGAAGAGGAUGUUUAUUGAGAAUGAGCUAUCGCUUAUGUACAACGUUUUUUAAUCAAAUUCGGAUGUUAAACUGUUAUCGACUGUUGCCCAAACUCUCUGCUUAUGUGUAGCUUCUAACGCUUAUCUAAAUAACGUACAUACAUAUUAUUAUAAUUUGAAUAGCGAAAUCUACUUUAUAUGAUCAGCAAAAAUUGUAAUAUAAGAAGAAACAGUAACUAUAAGAAUGGUAAUGCAAUUUUAUAUAAAAAAAUAAAUAGGUUCGUUCUGACUAAGUCUGGCUAUCCUCAA